AUGGAUAUCCUCAACCGCUCGGCCGCCAACCUGCGCUCAACCUUCACGGAGCUCACGUACGAAAAGUUCAUCCGCAUCGUUAUCGUCGUUGGCGCGUACGCCCUCCUUCGCCCCUACCUUCUCAAGAUCACGGGCCGCUCGCAAAUGGCCCAGCACACCGAAGCCAACGAAGAGGCUGCCAAGGCUGAGAUAUCGCCCAACUCCCUGCGUGGACAGGUCGACAUACCCGAAGACUCGGAUGACGAGGGCGUCGAGAGUGCCGCGACGGGCGCAGACUGGGGCAAGAAGGCGAGGAGGAGACAGCGCGAAGUCCUGAAGAUGAUGAUGGACGCCGAGGAGGAGCGGUUGGCGCAGGAACAGGAGGACGAGGAGGACAAGGAUAUCGAAGAGUUCUUGAUCAAGGAGUAG